UAUCGCCAGGCGGACACCAACAGGGACGGGCACGUCGACCUCGGCGAGUUCGCGCGCCAGUUCGACAUCGAGCGACGCAACCCGUUCCUCCCGAGGCUCGUGCAACUCUUCGACCUCUCGGGCGACGGUCAGAUGAGUGUCUUCGAGUACGUCGUCUGCCUGUCGCAGUUUGGCGCCAGGAGAGGACGCGGCGACCACAUAUACUUCGCGUGGAGGCUCUUCGACGUCGACGACGACGGCUCGCUGACCAAGGACGAGUUCGUGCGCGUUCUCAAG